AUGUCAAACACACUCUAUCCCGCAGAGACGCACAGUGGCACUGUCACUUCGUUUAUCCCCCUGACCACAAUCUGGACAGCCCCGGCAGGAUGUUCAGGCUCAUUUCGUCUCGAUGGGCCGAGUUUGAUGGCAUUCGACCCUGGCUAUGGACUUGAUAUCAACACAGACGUGAUCUGCGACCCUCCAGCGAUGACAACGUGGUGGGAGCAAGGACUACUAGGCGGCGGCGGGGCUUAUAAAACGGAAGUUAGCAUCGGGCCGCUCACAUGUCCCGAUGGCUAUUCAACCGUCGCAUCUUCGGUCAAAGAUGUGUCUAGUACACUGGCUAUGUGCUGCCCUGGCGGGUACUAUCUUGAAGGUGGAAUCCCGGGCCAGAUUCAGGGAGACUGUCUGUCUGACGUUUCUUCUGGCAUGACUCUAACCUACGGUUCGACGUCGUAUGACGAUCCAAGUUCGUGGCACAUUGUCACAACCACUUUGGCCAGCCAUUCAACCGUCGGCGCGAUUGCUAUUGAAGGAUGGAACAUCAAUGGCCCCAGAGCAGUCACCUCAACGCCAGCGCCUCACAGCACAACUGCUAGUACGACUACUACUACUUCUAUUACCAACGCCGACGCUACUGCGAGUACGAGCACACAUGUCAACGCAUCUCUGAAUGCCGAUACGGGUACGGGUACGAGUACAACUGGCUCUGCAUCCGGGAGUAGUGGUCUUAGCACUGGCGCCAAAGCGGGUAUCGGAGUAGGAGUUGGAGUUGGAGGUAUCGCCUUGAUAGCCUUCUUGAUUUGGUUCUUUUACAAUCGUCACCGAAAGGAAAAGAACAGCCCCAUACCAGAACUUCCGGUUCCUAAUUCAUACACAUCCACACCACCACCGCCAGCUAUGUCACAAGCGACUGAGGGGGCUUCUUCUGCGCCUUCAGAGCUUCCAGGGGCCAGAAUACCUACGGAGCUAGAGGGAUAA